AUGUUGUCCCAAACAUCUCCAACAGAUGCUGUCCCAAACAACCUCCAACAGAUGCUGUCCCAAACACCUCCAACAGAUGCUGUCCCAAUGGUGUCCAAAACACCUCCAACAAAUGCUGUCCCAAACACCUCCAACAAAUGCUGUCCCAAACACCCUCCAACAGAUGCUGCCCCAAACAACCUCCAACAGAUGGUGUCCCAAACACCUCCCAACAGAUGCUGUCCCAAACACCUCCAACAAAUGCUGUCCCAAACACCUCCAACAGAUGCUGUCCCAAACACCUCCAACAGAUGUUGCCCCAAACACCCUCAAACAAAUGCUGUCCCAAACACCCUCCGACAGAUGCUGUCCCAAACACCUCCUAACAGAUGCUGUCCAAAACACCUCCAACAAAUGCUGUCCCAAACACCUUCCAACAGAUGCUGUCCCAAACACCCUCCAACAGAUGCUGUCCCAAACACCUCCCAACAGAUGCUGUCCAAAACACCUCCAACAAAUGCUGUCCCAAACACCCUCCAACAGAUGCUGUCCCAAACACCUCCCAACAGAUGCUGUCCCAAACACCUCCAACAAAUGCUGUCCCAAACACCUCCAACAAAUGCUGUCCCAAACACCCUCCAACAGAUGCUGCCCCAAAUAAGCUCCAACAGAUGGUGUCCCAAACACCUCCCAACAGAUGCUGUCCCAAACACCUCCAACAAAUGCUGUCCCAAACACCCUCCAACAGAUGCUGUCCCAAACAACCUCCAACAGAUGCUGUCCUAA